UAUGACGUUAAACAUCAUUAAACUAUUAUAAAAUAUUUCCUUUUGAAUAAAUUAUGACAGAACCGAAUAAGAGAAGUAGAACAAAAAAAGGUGGGAAAACACUAACUACUAAAUUACCAGACGAUAUCAAGGAAAAAUCAUAUUUAACUCGUCACGUAGAUACUUCAAUAGCAAUUUUAGAUAGCCCUGAAAACGAUAUUGUCCUAGAAUCUCUUUUAUUUCUAUCCAAAUAUGCGGAUUUAUGUCUGAUCAAUUUAAACUACUUGCAGCAAAAAGGUCUUCUGCAGAAGAUUUUAAAGUUACUAGAUAGGAACAUUUGUAUAUUAAGACUAUGUUUAAGACUUCUGAAUAUCCUUUUAAGUAUCGAAGAUGUGAUGAUCGAAUUUGAUCAAGAAGAAUAUGACAGUGAUAUCCAAAGAAUAACAAAUUUUUAUAUUUAUCAUAAAGAUCCACAUGUUAAAGAGUUUGCAGUGUCCAUUUUAAGUAAAGUUGCCAGCAGCUGUAGAAUCACUAGUCUAAUUUUCUCGAUGGAUCUACUAAAUCCCAUACUAUUUGCUUUAAAGACUGUUAAAAAUGUUAAGUUACUUCAACUGAGUAUGAGUUUGUUAGACGGGUUACUAACAGCUCCAGCUGCUUUAUGUAUUUUACCCGAAGUAAAAAAUUUUGAUGUUACCACUAUAGUUAAACUGCUCCAACAUCCCGAAGGUGAAGUAAAUGCACAAGCAUUUAAAAUCAUUUCAAAGUUAACAUUUUUUGGUUUAAAUGUCUAUCAGGUCAUGUUUAAGAAAGAAAAACUAGUAGAGAAGAUGAUGGGAGUGAUAAUGGAUCCUUUACAAAAAGAUAAUCACGAAAUAGCAAUGAAAAUCGUUUUAGAUUGUAUGAAUUCCGAUAUAACAUCGACUUACUUUAUUGAAUCUUUAGAAUUUUUAAAAUUUUGUUCUUGGGUAAAAACCUGCGGAAGUGAUUAUCUUCCACAGGGUGCUGAUAUAUUUCUGAACCUUUCGAGUAUACCUAACAUUAGACAGAUAUUAUUUGACUUAUCUGUGGAAGAGUCUAUUCUCUAUUUUUUGAGAAGUAAAGAGAAAUAUGUCUUAAAUAGAGCUUGUGCAGCAAUUUCAAAUAUGAGCGAGCAUCCGUAUUGUUGCAACCACAUGUUAACAGGAAAAGUGGUGCAAACAAUUUAUAACAUGCUGGAGAGGAAUGAUGAUGAAAUAGAUCCCCAGAAUGAAGUGGCAAUAAAAACUUUGUGCAAUCUUACCAAAAGAUCGUUAAAAACACUUCAAUUUUUGUUUAAAUUAGAAGCCCACCAAAAAAUUUUUGAAUUGUUUAACAAAGGUUUAGCCGUAUUAUCCCCAGAAGCAUAUCUUAACAUUACUGAGAUAAUAUAUCAUUUUGUGGUGUAUCCGGAAUAUCAAAGAAGUAUGGUUAAUUCUAAAUUAUUUGUAGAAUUGCUUAAGGCUUCACAAAGUGAGUGCGAAAAAGUAGCAGUUCUAUCACUGGAAAUAAUAACGUUCUGUAUGGCAAAACCAGUAUUUUUAGAGCUGUUAACUAACUUAAAUGGACCAAAUAUUAUUGUGCGACAACUAAAAUCGACCACUAAUCCAAAAUUACGAAACUGUUUGCUGAUUCUAAUUCAUUCAGCUAUUUCUAACGAUAGUAUAACGUUAGAAUUUUUAAAGAGUGGAUUAGUUAACGUCCUAAGGGAGUUUUCGGAUGAGAUUAAAGAAAGUGCGCCAAUUAUUGAAACUAUAUUAAAUUUAUCGUAUAAUAUAUAUCUGCCCCUAAAAUUUUUUGAAACGCAUCGGUUGGAGAUCACUGACAAGUUGAACAACCAGUUUUAUUUGAUUAAUGGAUAUUGGACAGAUGAGUUCCCGUUUUUGGAUAUUAUCCGAUGCGAAAAUCUUUCAACCAUUUCGUCCAUUUACGUUGUUGAUUACACUUAUGACGCCGCUGAGCUAAUGAUCUCGAUAUCGAGUAUAUCCUUGAAUACACUGGAUUCCGAUGAAAGUAAAGAAUAUAAAAUGCCACCUAUUGAUAAAUCUUUGCCAACAGCAAGACUUUUGAGAAAUUCAGAAUAUUAUUCAAAAGUGACUCCAGAUUAUGAAAUUAAUUACGGUGACUUAUCUCCGGAUCCCUUUCUUCCAAAAUACAUUCAUCAAAUCAACAAAUUAUUCGAAGCCGAAACAUCUAUAAUUAACAAAAUCAGGAUCUUGUCCAUGUACGUUGACACUAUUCUUUGUGGACCCAAUGAAAGCCUUAAGAUACCCCAGAAGUUUCACACUUUUAAAUUACAUAUACAAAGUUUAAAAUUUAAAUUUGGAACGAAUAUGAUACCCAUUGGAUAUCUUCGAAUUGGUUUUUACUGCGAAAGGGCACUUCUGUUUAAAGCCAUUGCGGAUAGAACAUGUAUCCCUUGUUCGCUGGUUAGAGGAAAAAACCAAGUUUAUUGGAAUGAAGUAGCAUUACUUCAACAAGAGGAAGAAGACAUGAAUAGCUCAAAAAUCGUUUUCUACAUUGUUGAUCUAAUGCAUGAUAUCGGUUCUUUAAUGGCAGUCGGAACCCGAGAGGCAGAUUUCUAUUGCAAUUCGAAUGACUUCAAGCACAUGUAAUAAAUUAUACGUAUUUUAUAUCGGUAACAUAU